AUGGCGUCUUCCGCAGCGUCGCUCUCUCUCUGCUCCACUUUCUCGGCUCAUUGCAAUGUCAAUUCUCGCCGUUCUUCGAGCGUAAUCAUUGGUUCUCUCUCUAAACCGUCGGUUAAUCUGGCUAAACCUGCGAUUGGGUUUCUUUCUCCUGCUUCGACUUCUCGACCUGCAUUCCCCAUCGCGCCGAAAUUCGCUGAAUCAGCCGUCGUUUCUGAGCCGGAGACUACUGAUAUCGAAGCUGUGGUUGUCUCCGAUGUCGCGGAGGAGAAGCCUAAACGAGAAGAGAUUUUCGCUGUUGUUAUGGUUGGUGGACGCCAAUACAUAGUUUUUCCAGGGAGAUAUCUCUACACUCAGAGGAUGAAAGAUGCUAAUGUCAAUGAUCAGAUUGUUCUGAACAAAGUGCUUCUUGUGGGCACAAAGACGCACACUUACAUCGGCAAACCAGUUGUUACAAAUGCCACAGUACAUGCCGUAGUCGAAAACCAAGGUCUAAAUGAUAAAGUGGUGGUCUUCAAGUACAAGCCGAAGAAGAAGUACCGUAGAAAUAUUGGUCAUCGGCAGCCAAAUACGAGGAUUAGGAUUACAGGAAUCACAGGGUAUGAAGAGUAUCCAGCGUCACCCAAUGUUGCGGUUUAA